AUGGUAGAGGACUUAGCAGCUUCCUAUGUUGCUCUAAAAUUGGAGAAUGAAAUUCUGCAGGCUCAAGUGAAGAGGCUCCUGGAAGAAAAUGCUGCCCUCCAGGCCCAGAUACCAGAGCUCCAGAAAUCUGGAGCAGCCAAAGCGAAUGAACCAUUCCGAAAGCCCUCAGAGGUCCAAGAGACCCAAGAGCCCCCAGAGUCCUCAGAGUUCCCAGAACUACUGGAAACUCGAGCAGCCAGGGCCUCACAAAAACCCUGGGAACCUCCAGCAACCACAGAGCCCAGGGGUCCCACAGAGAACAAGGAGCCUAGAGCACCUUCAGCUACCAGAGAGCCUAGGGGUCCCUCAGGCAUCAGAGAGCCCAGGGGCCCCUCAAAGAUCAAGGGGCCCAGAGAACCCUCAGCCAUCAGAGAGCUCAUGGGACUCCCAGAGAUCAAAGAGACCCAGGGGCCCCCAGAGACCAAGGAGCCUGGGGGACCUUCAGUCAUCACAGAGUUCAGGGGGUUCCCAGAGAGCAAGGAACCCCACACAUCCCGAAAGUUCAAGGAGUACUGGGGAUCCCAGGAACCUUCAGAGGUCAAGGAGUCCAGGGAGCCCUCAGAGCUCCUGGAUUCCACAGCAGCCUGGGGUCUCCAAGAUCCUUCAAAGGCCAAGGGGGCCCACAAUUCCGCAGAGCUCCAGGAGCUCUCAGCCUGGAAACCUCCAGCAUACAAGGGACCUCAGGAGAUCAAGGAGGCUAUGGAGUCCUCAGCAACCCAGAAGCCCCAGGCAUUCCCAAGGGGUUAUGAUCUCCCAGCAGUCUGUGAGACAGGGCCCACAGACAACCACAGUACCCCAGGCCUCAAGGAGCUCCAGAAUUCACAGCUCUACAGCCCUACUGAUGAUGAGGAGUCUCAGAAGGUUCCAGAAUACCAGGAGACCUCAUCACAGUUGGGACCCCUUGAGAAUCCAGGUACCCAGGAGCUUCUGGAGCCUCGGGUGCCCCAGGAGCCCCUGGACCCCUCAGAUGCCAAGGAGUUCCUAGAACUCUCAGUACCUGAAGAGUCCCUGGAGGGCCUAAUAGUUGUGGGAACAGGAACAGCACACGCUCAUGGUGAAUUAGAGGCUGCAACUUUGCCUCUAGAUUACCUUUUGGCUUCCAACGGGGAUUUUCAGAAACUAUCUGAGUUUUUAGUUCAGCUGAACAGUUACCUGAGAGCUAGAGGGCACCUGUAUCCCACUGAAGCAGCACUAGUCAGUUUUGUCAGUAGCUUCUUCUCAGGUGAGGCAGGAAUGUGGCUCCAGCCCUUAACAGAUAGCCAAAGCCCCCUGCUGGAACAAUUUGAAAGAUUCCUUCAAGGGCUCCAAGAUACCUUUGAUAAUCCAGAAAGCAUGGAAAUUGCUAACCAUGGCCUCUUUCAGUUGCAUCGAGGGCAAGGCCUUGCCCACAGGUACUCGGGCAGCUUGCACCUCAUUGCUCAAGAAUUAAAUUUGGAUGAAAGCACGCUCUGCAUCCAAUUUCAGGAAGAGCUUGCCAGCUCUAUUCAAAAAGAACUAUCUUGCACAAGUUCAGCCAGCAACCUAUCUGAUGUGAUUAUUCAGUGUGUCACCUUAGAAGACAAGGCAAGUGGUAAUGGUGAUUCCAAUUCAUCAUCCUCUGAAGAGGAAAAUGUGUCUGAGAGUCCACCAACUGAAAACCAGCCUGUUCAAGCUAUAAGUAAUCGUCCCCAUCUCAGUGAGGCUGAACGGGCCCGACGCCGUGAAUGUCACUUAUGCCUCUACUGUGGCCAUCCUGGUCACUUUGCCAGAGAUUGCCCUGUUAAGCCUCAUCGUGCCCAGCAGGCGGGAAACAUGAAGGCCCGGCGGUAA